AUCCUUAAAGCUUACGGGGUGUAUGUUUUAGCUUGCCCUUUCAAGAAAAUGGUGGAUUUUUACGCGAAUAAGAAGAUAAUGGAAGUUGCAGAAACUGCAACCACGCUCUACAUCGUUGAUUUUGGCAUUUGUUAUGGUUUUCAAUGGCCUUGAAGCGUCUCUCAGCAAGAGCCGGUGGACCUCCCAAACUUCGUAUUACUGGCAUUGAGUUCCCACAACCAGGAUUCCGACCGGAUGAAAGGGUUGAAGAGACAGGUCGUCGCUUGAAAAGGUAUUGCGAGAGAUUCAAUGUCCCGUUUGAGUACAACGUGAUAGCAAAGAAAUGGGAAACCAUCCAACUGGAAGAACUAAAGAUCAACAAAGACGAAGUCGUCGUUGUAAACUGCUUGUAUCGGCUAAAGAACCUCCCCGACGACACACUGUCGUCGAGCAGCGCAAGGGACACUGUCCUAAAACUGAUCAGAAGCAUCAACCCAGAGUUUUUCAUCCAUGGGGUUGCAAACGGAACGUAUAAGCCCUUCUUUGUCACAAGGUUCAAGGAAGCACUGUUCCAUUUCUCAGCUCAGUUCGAUAUAUUCGAAGCUAAUGUGUCUCGGGAAGAUCCGCAAAGGAUGAUGUUCGGGAGGGAAAUACUGGGGAGGGACAUAAUGAAUGUUGUUGCGUGCGAGGGAAUCGAGAGGGUGGAAAGGCCAAAGACGUAUAAGCAAUGGCAGGCGAGGACGCUGAGGGCAGGGUUCAAACCGAUUCCGCUGGAUGAGGUGCUUGUGAAGAAAGUGAAGAAUCUGGUCCAAUCUAAUUAUAACAGGGACUUCAUUUUGGAUGUCGAUGGGCGGUGGAUGCUGCAGGGAUGGAAGGGGAGAGCUCUUAUUGCCCUUUCAUGUUGGAAACCUGCUAGGAAUUAAAAUGCAAUGGAGAGCAAUAGGGCAGUAAAUUGCAGAUUAGUUUACAUU